AUGAUCACCAUCGGACCGUUGAUUCCUUCCGCCUUUUCGGACAUGAUUGAUCCGUCCGAUACAUCAUACGGUUGUGAUUUGUUUGAGAGGUCUAGGGAGUACUUAACUUGGUUAGAGAACAAAGUAGAGAAGUCAGUUAUAUACGCGUCAUUUGGGAGCAUGGCCGUAAUAAAAAGAAAGCAAUUUGGGGAAAUAUUACAUGGGCUUGAAUUAACGGGUCGGCCUUACUUGUGGGUGGUUAGGCCCAUGACCCAUAAUAAGAUUGUGGGGGAUGAAGAUGAGGUGGUUAUAGACGAUGUAGUUAAAAACGGGCUUGGGCCAUUUGGUGGUAACCCGAACGAAAAAGGGUUGAUUGUGGCUUGGUGCUCCCAAGUGGAAGUGCUAAGCCACCCUACAAUAGGGUGUUUUGUGACACACUGUGGGUGGAACUCGAUAUUAGAAGGACUAGUCACGGGAGUACCAAUGGUGGGGCUCCCGCAAAUAUCGGAUCAACCUACCAACGCAAAGUUGGUGGAGGAGGUAUGGCGAGUGGGAAUCAGGGCAAAGAAGAAUAACGAAGAGGGUACUAUUGUGGACCGAGAAGAGGUCCAACGGUGUGUGGAGACCGUGAUGGGAGAUGAAGAGAAUGGACAAGAGAUAAGGAGAAACACAAUGAAGUGGAUGGAGUUGGCCCUAGAAGCAAUUAUGGAGGGGGGUUCUUCCAACCAAAAUCUUCAAUGUUUCUUAGAGGGCCUUCAUAAUAGACAACGACAAGAGGAAGUAAUUCACCGUAUUAAAGGGCCCUUUAAAGAUAAAGAAUUACUACUUGAGGAGAAGGUAAUAGGAAAUGGGGAACUUUUUCACAUGCAAGAGAAGAAUAUUGAUUCCCUCGGAGAGGAAAAUCAUAGGAAAGCUAAGGAUAAUCAACUUUUAUGUAAAGAAAACAUUGCUUGA